UUAGCUAUUAGCCUGUUAGCUACUCCGUGAUGGCGGACCUGAACCGGCAGCUCCAGGAGUAUCUGGCCCAGUCCAAAGCACCAAAGACCUUGUCUCAUUCCAGCUCUAGCUGCGCGGUGGAUCUUGAAAAAACAGAGCCGGUAACCGGUAGCUGGUUCGGUCAGUGGUCCAGCCCGUGGUCCGGUCAGAGCUCCUCAGGCACAAACGGCAGUUCGUUCUGGCCAUGGUCAGCGGAACCGGAUCCAUGUCUACCGGGGAUGAGUCGCCGUCAGCGGCUGGUCGCCUUUGGCGUCUGCGCCUCCUUCUCUGCGCUGUGCUUCGUCCUGUCGGCACUUUACGCCCCACUGUUGCUGCUCUAUGCCCGGAAGUUCGCGCUGCUCUGGUCUCUAGGUUCUCUUUUUGCCAUCGCGGCUGUGGCGAUGCUUCGGGGCCCCAGCAAACUCUUGUCCGGCUUACCCUCCUCUCCCGGGGCCGCCCUGUAUCUGUGCGCCCUAGGCGGGACAUUGUACGCGGCUCUGAGCCUUCACAGUACUGCGCUUACGGCGCUGGGCGCCGCCCUGCAGGUCGCCACCAUCGUCGGGUACGUGUUGUCGCUGGUGCCCGGAGGAAGCGCCGGAAUGCGAUUGGUGGGAGGAAUGGCAGCGUCCGCCAUCAAAAGAACAGUUAGCGGAAAAAGUCUGCCUAUCUGAGAUUAUCAGGGGACCGGGACCGGGACCCGGUUCCUGUAGAACGUGUCGGUACAUUCCAGAACAGCAGUUGAAGAAGACUGUUUUUUUUUUUCUCGACCUCAUGAGUUUGUAAUCAAAAAUGUGAACUUAUUCACUUUGAUUUUGUUAGAAACUGAUUUUCAGUCCAAAUACCGGAAGUUUAGAUAAACAAACUUCCUACUGUUAUAACUAUCUUCUCUGUCCAGCUGUUGGUUUUCUGUGAAAACAAAUACUAAGACUCAAAACUGCUGAA